AUGUCGGACGCGAUAGUCGGCGAAGUGUGCAGCGGCAGCCGCAGCCUGGAGGAGUUCCUGGAGCAGUGCGAUGCCUACGCGGCGAUGGCGCCUGAGCGUCCGCAUCUCUAUGACCUCAGUUUCAAUAAAACGCACCGCAAAGAUCCCAGCAACCAAAGAUCCCAGCAACCAAAGAUCCCAGCAACCAAAGAUCCCAGCAACCAAAGAUCCCAGCAACCAAAGAUCCCAGCAACCAAAGAUCCCAGCAACCAAAGAUCCCAGCAACCAAAGAUCCCAGCAACCAAAGAUCCCAGCAACCAAAGAUCCCAGCAACCAAAGAUCCCAGCAACCAAAGAUCCCAGCAACCAAAGAUCCCAGCAACCAAAGAUCCCAGCAACCAAAGAUCCCAGCAACCAAAGAUCCCAGCAACCAAAGAUCCCAGCAACCAAAGAUCCCAGCAACCAAAGAUCCCAGCAACCAAAGAUCCCAGCAACCAAAGAUCCCAGCAACCAAAGAUCCCAGCAACCAAAGAUCCCAGCAACCAAAGAUCCCAGCAACCAAAGAUCCCAGCAACCAAAGAUCCCAGCAACCAAAGAUCCCAGCAACCAAAGAUCCCAGCAACCAAAGAUCCCAGCAACCAAAGAUCCCAGCAACCAAAGAUCCCAGCAACCAAAGAUCCCAGCAACCAAAGAUCCCAGCAACCAAAGAUCAAAGUAA